AUGGCUGGUCAAUCGAAACCCGCUCUCUCCCCCUGGGCCGGUGCGGUUGCAGGCGCAACUGGCGCCGUACUUGCCAAUGCCAUUGUAUAUCCUCUUGAUUUGGUCAAGACGAAACUUCAAGUCCAAGUGAAAUCGACCGGCGAUUCGAAAGACGGUCGAGCGAACGAAGAGCAAUAUAAGUCGACGUUGGAUGCCAUCACAAAGAUUAUGGAGCGAGAGGGAGUCGAGGGUCUAUAUUCCGGAAUCGCAGGAUCCCUACUCGGCGUUGCCUCUACCAACUUCGCCUAUUUCUACUGGUACAGCGUCGUGCGGACCCUCUACAUGGCAUCGAACAAAGUACCUAAACCCCCCGGCACCGCUAUCGAGCUUUCGCUUGGAGCUGUUGCGGGUGCUGUCGCUCAGAUCUUCACGAUCCCCGUCGCGGUCAUCACGACGAGGCAACAGACUCAGCCCAAGGCGGAGAAGAAGGGCUUGAUCGAAACGGGUAAAGAAGUUGUCAACAGCGAGGAUGGCUGGUCCGGUCUGUGGAGAGGUCUUAAGGCCAGUCUUAUCCUGGUCAUCAACCCUGCCAUUACCUACGGUGCCUACCAGCGUCUGAAAGACAUCCUUUUUGCUGGAAAGAACAACCUGAAGCCUUGGGAGGCUUUCCUUCUUGGGGCUCUUUCCAAGGCUCUGGCUACCAUCGCCACGCAGCCGUUGAUUGUUGCCAAGGUCGGCCUUCAGUCACGGCCCCCUCCUGGUCGUGAGGGGAAGCCUUUCAAGACCUUUGGCGAGGUCAUGCGCUUUAUCAUUAAGAACGAAGGACCUCUGUCCCUGUUCAAGGGCAUUGGACCCCAGAUCUUGAAGGGACUUCUGGUGCAAGGUCUAUUAAUGAUGACCAAGGAAAGGAUGGAACUCACAUUCGUUCUUCUCUUCGCCUACCUGCGGAAAAUCAAGCAAGAGAAGCUUCACAAGGCCGUCGAUACCGCUGCCUCCAAGGCUAAGACCAGCCUCCCCGCGACCCUGAAAUAG